AUGGAUACAAGUAAUGAAGAUUCCCGGCCGCAUAAGCGAGUAAAGAUUGAAGAGGACAACACUGUCUCCCAACACAACUCCAAACCGCCUACCACUUCCGAUGACAACAUGAAGGAAAUAGAGGUUGGGAUCAAUACCUGGAUGGACAGUUCACGUCCUGUGUUCCAUGGAAUAUUGAAGAAGCGGUAUACUGAUUUCCUCGUCAAUGAAGUUCUGUUGGACGGGACUGUGGCACAUCUUCACAGUCUAAGUGCCAAGCCUAGCAGUGAUUCCAAGAUCGCUGCUUCCACAACGAUCUCAAGGGCGCCUGAUCGUGAUGAUGGCCACAAGGGCUCGGGGAAAGAUCAAUCAGCCGAAAACACAGUGAACUCAGGCAUCGGUGGACUUGUUAGACAGGAUGAAGGGCACGUCAAAUCUGGAGGAGCACAGAUUUCUGAAGAAGAUCAAGCGAAGCUGGUAGAACACUUUAGCGAAGAGACCGUCCAGGAACUCAUCUCCUUGUACCAAUCGAUCCUCGAAUCACCAGAGAAAAAGUCACGGGAGCAUCCUAUCGUGCGGACGUCUUUCACUUCAGACCGGAGUGUUCGGCCACUAAUCCAUGGAGACAUCCGACGCAUAUUCCAAUCAAAAAUUGACUCGGCGACUGAUAAUGAUGGUGUAUUGGUCCUCACUGCUGCAUCCAGAGGCCCCCGUGGACGAGGCGGAGAUCAACAGCCCAAAGGACGGGGUCUCAGUUGGAAAGAACGCGGUGGCGACCAUGUCCAUUUUAAUCUCUACAAAGAAAACAAGGACACCAUGGAGGUGGUCAGCUUUCUCGCCCGCUCGCUGAAGGUUGCGCCCAAGGCUUUCAACUUUGCUGGCACCAAGGAUCGACGUGGAGUUACGGUUCAGAGAGUCAGCGCCUAUCGCGUGGAAGUAAACCGUUUGGCUGGGAUGAAUAGAAGCUUGAGAUAUGCAGCGAUUGGAGAUUUUACCUAUGAGAAGCAUGGGCUUGAACUCGGAGAACUCAACGGGAAUGAAUUCGUCAUUACUCUGCGCGAGUGCAGAUUAGGCGCUGAUUGGGACCAACUGCCAGAGGACCAGAAGCUUGAAACUGCUAAAGAAUACCUCUCUCAAUCUCUCGAUCAGCUUCGGAAUCAGGGCUUUCUCAAUCACUACGGCUUACAGCGUUUUGGGUCAUUCAUGAGCCGCACAGACACCGUGGGACUCAAGAUUCUACAGGGCGACUUCAAAGGGGCGGUUGAUGCCAUUCUCCAAUUCUCCGACGUGGCGCUGGAGGCUGCAAAAUCUGGAGACACGUCCACCCUAGUCGGACAAGACGAUCGGGCUCGAGCAGAGGGGAUCAACCACUUCAAUACGACAGGCAAUCUCAACGAAGCACUCGACAAGCUGCCAAGAAAGUUCUCCGCAGAGUCAUCGCUAAUCAGAUACCUGGGUAGACAACGCACCGACUAUCUCGGCGCACUCCUCAGCAUCCCACGCAAUCUUCGUCUGAUGUACGUGCACGCCUACCAGUCUCUGAUCUUCAACCUGGCGAUCGGCGAGCGAUGGAAGCUCUUCGGCAACCGCGUGGUAGAAGGCGACCUGAUCCUCAUGCAUGAACACAAAGACAAAGAAGCCCAAGCUCAAGCAGACCAAGACGUCGACGCCGACGGUGAGGUAAUCAUCCAACCGGGCGAGGAAGACCGCGCAAAUGAUCCUGAUACCAUGUUCGACCGGGCCCGGGCCCUUACCGCCUCUGAAGCCGAGAGCGGCGCAUACUCCAUCUUCGACAUCGUGCUCCCCUUGCCCGGUUUCGACGUCGAAUACCCCGCCAAUGCGCUCGGCCAGUGGUACAAGACGUUCAUGGCCAGCGAAGAAGGAGGUGGCCUCGAUCCCCAUAACAUGCGGCGCAAGCAGAAGGACUUCUCGCUCAGCGGUAGCUAUCGGAAGGUCAUGGCCCGUAUUGGAGAGACCUACAGCGUGGAGGUCCAUAGCUAUGCGGACGAUGACAAGCAGUUCGUCAAGACUGAUAUGGAUCUGAUCAAAGAGAGUAAGGCUCAGAACGGGGGGACAAGUGCACGUGCAAGUCGAGACGCGACGACGACAGCGAAGGAUGAGAAUGCGACUGAAAAUGGCAAGACCAACGGUGCAGGCGAAGAAGAGGCGGAAGCAGAGGACAAACCAUACAAAAUUGCUGCGGUGCUCAGAUUCCAGCUCGGAUCAAGCCAGUAUGCGACUAUGGCCCUGAGAGAUCUUUCGAGGGGUGGUGUUCAGGCUUACAAGGCUGAUUUUACAGGUGGGAGGUAG